AUUUUGAUCUAUGUAAUAUUAAUCAUCUUGGUCCCUUUCUUUCCCCACACUUCACAUCUACUCUUAUCCAUACCCCUCCCACAUUGAUUACUGAAACUCUCUCUUCUUUGGUCUUCUUCAAAAAUCCCUCCAUAAGCUUAAAAAAGAAAUUUCAAACAUACCUUUUAAUCCUGCCGGUUGGUUUUGCCUCCUGAGGGGUCGGACUAAAACGGAUUUGAUUCUCUGAAUGAAAGACAACCAUAUGGUAGAUGCCUACAUCCAGUACAAGGCGCUUUAAAUGAAAAUUUGCCUUUUUCGCUGAUUGUUGUAUAUCAAUAUAAAACAAGCUUUUGUUACUCAACCUUCUUGAUUAAAGUCAAUGUGUAUUUCAGUGUUUCCAGUUCAUCAGAUGUCGGUGACAAAAAACCUGCCUCACGGCCGGAGCUCCAGUUGGGACCAGCAGUAUCCAGACGCCCUCCAUAUAAAGAAGGAGGAGGAGGAGCUGUGGAUCAAUCAGGAGGAAGAGCAAAUUAAUGAGACUGAAGAGAAGCCUCGGUUAUCAGAGCCUCAUCAGAUCAAAACUGAGGACAACAGAUUAACAGAAGCUUCAACCACCUGUUCAAUUGAACAAAUGGAAACAGAAACUGAUGGAGAGGACUGUAUUGGACAGGAACUAAACAAAAACCUGGACCCAGCUUGUUCUUAUCAAGAGAGCAACAUGAAGCUUCACAAAAGAGUCCCAGUCCAUCAGAUGUUGGUGAUUAGAGAGGUUCCUCAUGAUUGGAGCCCCAGUUUGGACCAGCAGGACCUAGAGCCCCGCCAUAUUAAGCAGGAAGAGGAGGAACUGCGGAUCAAACAGGAGGAAGAGCAGCUUACUGUGAAGAUUGAGGAUGAAGAGAAACCUCAGUUAUCAGAGCUUCAUCACAACAAAACUGAUGACAACAUCACAGAAACUUCCACCACCUGGUUAGUUGAACAGAUGGAAACAGAACUUGAUGGAGGAGACAGUGGAGGACCAGAACCAGACAGGAACCAAUAUCCAGAAUGCUCUUCUCAAGAAAGUAACAUGAAAGUUCACAAAAUAGGUAAAGGAGCUGAACAAUACUGUAUUCAGACACAUACGCGACUUCACACUGGAGAGAAACCGUUCGCAUGUGAUUAUUGUGGUAAAAGCUUUCAUGCAAAGAACUUUCUUAAGAAUCACGAGAAGAUCCAUUCAAGUGAAAAACCUUUUUCAUGUGAUGUUUGUGGUAAAAGAUUUCAUAGAAAGAAUGGUAUUAAACAACACAUGAGGAUCCACAGUGCAGAAAAACCAUUUGUUUGUAGUGUUUGCAACAGAAGAUUUUCACAAGAAGUUUUUCUAAAGAGACACAUGGAUGUUCACACAGGACAGAAAGAGUUUACUUGUAGUUUUUGCACUAAAGGGUUUUCCCAACAAAAUGUUCUAUUAAGUCACCUGCGUAUUCACACAGGAGAGAAGCCAUUUAUCUGUAGUGUUUGCAGUAAAGGAUUUUCCCUAGAAAAUGUACUAAAAAGACACAUGCUUGUUCACACGGGCGAGAAACCAUUUAUUUGUAGUGUCUGUAGUAAAGGAUUUUCACGACAAGAGAAUCUAAAGAGUCACAUGCGUGUUCACACUGGAGAUAGACCAUUUGUGUGUAGUAUUUGUUGUAAAGGAUUUUCACGACAGGGAUAUCUGAAAAAACACAUGGAUGUUCACACGGCACCAUUUAGCUGUAAUGUUUGUGGUAAACAUUUUGUUAAGGAAAUCCAGUUGGAGCGACACGUAAGAGUCCACACACAAGAGAGGCCGUUUGGUUGUGACGUCUGUAAAACCAGAUUUAUUCAGAAGUGUCACCUUGACAACCACAUGAGAGUCCAUUCAGGAGAGAAACCAUUUGUUUGUAGUGUUUGCAGUAAAGCUUUUACUCAACAAGAUCGUCUAAAGAGACACAUACGUGUUCACACGUGUGAAAAACCGUUUGUUUGUAAUGUUUGCAGUAAAGCAUUUUCGCAACAAGGGAAUCUGAAGACACACAUGAGUGUUCACGAGGGGUGCAUCUAACGAGGAAAAUCCUGCAUUAGAUGAAUUAUCCUUCACUCAUUACAUUACAAUCAAAGUCCAACUGGAUUGUUACAAUGAACAGCCAGACGUGUAUAUAAAGUCGCUAAAAAUCAAAUACCAAAAAAAAAAA